GGUGGAUUGAGUGAUUUCUCGGUGAGAACCUGCUCGACAAAACACGACUUGCAAUUCGGCAUAAGUCUCCGACGAUGUCCGUAUAUCAGAACUCGUAUCAGGCGUCGUAUACCGGCCCUCAAUAUUCUCGACCAGGCACCUCGUACCCCCAAUAUCAGCAACAUCCUCCCCCACACCUACCUUACUAUCAUGUCGACCCCCAUUCAUUCCGGCGUGAAUUCAGCGCUCGCCUAGCGGAACUGACCAUUAAUUCUAGGCCCUUGAUACAGAAUCUUUCUCGACUUGCUCAGGAAUAUAUGCAAUGGGCAGAUGCUGUGGGCCAGUGUCUUGAACCUCAUAUUCGAAAGGUCCCAGUUUGGAUGAAACUGCCCGCAUUUUACCUCCUCGACGCCAUCGCAAAGAAUGUCUACGAACCCUAUGCCCGCCUUUUUUCGGGUUUCGUCAUAAAUCUUUUCCUUGAAACUUAUCAACAGGUAGAUCAGGCAACCCGCAGCAAGAUGGAGGAGAUGCUCCUGACCUGGCGAACUGCAGCGCCAAGUGGACGGGAGCUAUUUGGUAUAGCUACUCAGCGAUCUAUAGAGCGCGGCAUAUGGGGCGGAGGCGAUGAUAACGGAUCUUCAACUACAACAAAUGGUCACGGUUCUCACCCCGUUUCGAAGGCUCAGGUCCUCAGCGAACUUGAAUUCAUCCUUAGCCAGAAGGAGCGGGCGUUACAAACGAGUCCUUGGGAUACGAUGUGUCAGAAACACGUUGAGAUUUUGCUUCAACUUCGACGUCUGGUAGACACGGGUCCAGGCGUGUCGCAGAACGAACUUCAGCAAAUAUUAAACCAGCUGAGAUCACUAUCGAGAACUUCAAGCUCAGUUGUUCCUCCGCAGGUCGCACAUCCACCUCAACAGCUUCCUUCAUACCCUCCCCCACCAGCAACUUACCAGUAUCCGCCUGUGUACCCGCCAGCUACCCAAGGUUCUUCGAACCAUUCCCCAGAAUCGGCAUCAAGUGCAUAUGGGUACCCUUCGCAGCCUCAUCCUGCCCCGCCAUCUAUCCCCACCACUUCUGGUCCGUCGCCCCAAACGACCGAUAUUGCAAAUUUGUUCAACGCCAUCGUGAAAGCUGGCGUGCUUCCAGGUGCUUCUGUCAGUUCCAACAAAUCUGAGGCGAAGCCUCGGUCGGCUGAGGUGGCAUCUGAGUCAAUCUUGGCUUACCGGACGGCGAUCUUAUCCCAGUCAAUCCAAUUAACUAACGCUGAUAUCACAAGGAAGCGCCCUGAUAUCGUCCAUCUCUUGUAUGAUCGCCUUCCCGUGCAAUGUAAGCAGUGCGGAACAAGAUUUACGAGCGACACCAAUGGCAAGAAGGAUAUGGAAGACCACAUGGAUAUGCACUUCAAGCAAAACCGUAAGGCCAGUCAGAACGUCGGUCGUGGACAUAGCAGAAGUUGGUUCGUCAACCUUGAUGACUGGUUGGAUGAGAAAGGAAAAGGCCGAGGCCGUCCUGCUAAUGCCAAAGCCUUCGCUGUAGCAGAGGCCGCUGAGCAUGAUGCUAACUUGCGGUCGCAGUAUGUAGUAGUGCCCUCGGGUGAAGAAGCCAUGCCCAUCUCAUGUCCGAUUUGUAAGGAAAGCCUGAAGUCUGAGUUCCUUGAGGAUGAUGAGGAGUGGGUUUGGAAGAAUGCAGUGAAAAGGGAUGAUAGGAUAUACCAUGCAACGUGUCACGCUGAGGCGGCUAGCACCAUGCAGACCCUAGCUUCUCGGUUACGUACAGAGACAACCGGCCGUAGUCGAUCUACAACGCCUGACAUCAAGAUGGGUUCGUCGACUCCGCCCAAAGCAAUCCUGGGCUUACGUACUUCGCUAUCUCCUUCACCUGAUUCUAAACGUCUAGCGCUGAAGCGUAAGGCUGACAACACGCCCCCGCCGUCUGCACAUCCUUCCGAUGAGCAAGGGACACCACCCAACAAGAAAGUAGCGCUUGCGGCGUGAUCAUGGCGAUGAUUUUGUGUUAGAUUGGUUUAGUUUAUCCAUUACUUAUUGAUACCAUCCUCGUUGGUCAUCUGUAUUUUCUGCACUUGCAUGAAUGAACAUAUCAUAGAGUGCCAAUGCAAGUACUGUAACC